AGCACCUUAAGACGCUGUCGUUUUGUUAGUUUCACUACUGUUCUAAGUGAUACUACAGAGUAGAGAACGAUUCAAAAGUUCACACCUUGGAGAGUCUUACGACCGAGAGAGAGAGAUGAUAGCAGUUCGCGUCUUCUCCCGAAAAAUCCCAUCUUUCGCAUCGAUCUUCUUACAAAACCUAACUAGAAACCCAUCAAUUCAUCGGAUUUCAUUCUCGAAUCUAAAACCCAGAACGCUACUUCACCCGAUUCCGCCGAAACCCUUUACGGUGUUUGUUUCUCGGUUCCAUGACGGGAGACCAAGAGGUCCUCUCUGGAGAGGGAAGAAACUGAUCGGAAAAGAAGCUCUUUUCGUGAUUCUGGGUCUCAAGAGAUUGAAAGAAGACGACGAGAAGCUUGAGAAGUUUAUAAAAACCCAUGUUUUCAGAUUGCUGAAAUUAGAUAUGUUAGCUGUUAUCNCAUGUCAUGCAUUGUUGUUGAUGAUUGGUUUAUUUAAUUUACAGAUGUUUGGGGUGAUCCAGAAGCAGGAAUGGUACCAACCUGAUGUGUUUAUGUACAAGGACCUUAUAGUAUCCUUAUCAAAGAGUAAAAGAAUGGAUGAGGCAAUGGCGUUGUGGGAGAAAAUGAAGAAAGAGAACCUCUUUCCAGAUUCUCAGACUUAUACUGAAGUUAUUAGAGGGUUUCUGAGAGAUGGAUGUCCCGCUGAUGCAAUGAAUGUGUAUGAGGACAUGUUGAAGUCCCCGGAUCCGCCGGAAGAGCUGCCGUUUAGGGUUCUGUUGAAAGGGCUUCUGCCGCAUCCGCUUCUUAGAAACAAAGUGAAGAAAGAUUUCGAAGAGUUGUUCCCUGAGAAACAUGCUUAUGAUCCACCAGAAGAGAUAUUUGGUAGAUGCUGAGGCUCUUAACAAUAGCAACAUGGGAAGUCUAUCUUGAUCAAGAUCCAGUAUGUGUGAUGUUGAAGAAGUAUGAGUAGAUCUGAGCAAGUGGCGAAACAAACUGUUACAUCACAAGACAAAAGACCAACUUUAGUUAGAGAUGAGCCCAGAUUAUGUAGCGACUUCUAGUCCCUGUUAUGAUGCUUCAUAAUAUUAGGCAAAGACCAAACUUUUGUGAAUCCAACAUCUUUCUUUAUGUAGCGACUUCUAUUCCUUGUUCUGAUGCUUCAUAAUAUUAGUCAAUGACCGAACUUUGUGAAUCCAUCAUCUUUAUAGUAAAGAUUCUAAGUUGACAACA